AUGGGCCGUUACUUACCCCACCCCUUCUACAUGGACGUCCGAUCACCGUCCCGUGAUGGGAGAGUGGCGGCGGGGACCAUCCACGGAGUUCUGCUUCUCAACAGCAAUGGCAUGGAUGUCCUUUACAGCGGUGAUAGGAUAACGUACAAGGUGAUUGGCGGGAUUGUUGACCUCUACAUUUUUGCUGGGCCGUCGCCGGAGAUGGUGACGGAGCAAUACACGGAGCUUAUUGGUCGGCCUACCUCCAUGCCGUACUGGUCCUUCGGAUUUCAUCAGUGUCGAUGGGGAUACAAAAACGUUUAUGAUAUUAAUGCUGUGGUUACUGGCUAUGCAAAAGCCCGUGUACCUCUUGAAGUUAUGUGGACAGAUAUUGAUUACAUGGAUGCUUAUAAGGAUUUUAUUCUUGAUCCCAUCAACUUUCCCUUGCAGCAAAUGAAAAAGUUUGUUCACUCUCUUCACAAACAUGGUCAGAAAUAUGUGCUCAUCGUGGAUCCUGGUAUCAGUGUGAAUAAGUCCUAUGGAGCCUACACUAGAGGGCUGCAAGCUGAUGUCUUCAUAAAACGUGAUGGAGUCCCUUACUUGGGUGAAGUUUGGCCUGGCCCUGUCCACUUCCCUGACUUUUUGAAUCCAGCCAGUGAAGCAUAUUGGGGUGAUGAGAUUAAAAUCUUUCGAGAUAUGCUUCCCGUUGACGGUCUUUGGCUCGACAUGAACGAGCUUUCCAACUUUAAGACUUCUUCUCCCACUCCAAAUUCUUCUCUUGAUAACCCUCCUUACAAAAUUAAUGAUUCUGGAGCUUUGCGGCCCAUUAUUAAUAAGACUCUAGCUGCAUCAUCCUUACACUUUGGUAACAUUACAGAGUAUAAUGCCCAUAACCUCUACGGACUCCUAGAAGCCAAAGUCACUAAUGCAGCCUUAAUCAAGGUGACUGGUAAAAGGCCAUUUAUACUUUCUAGGUCAACUUUUGUUGGUUCUGGCAAGUACACAACACACUGGACUGGAGAUAACGCUGCCACAUGGGAUGAUUUGGCAUACACAAUUCCAGCAAUUUUGAACUUUGGGCUCUUUGGAAUUCCAAUGGUUGGGGCAGAUAUCUGUGGUUUUGCUGGAGAUACAACUGAAGAACUCUGCGGGUGCUGGAUUCAGCUAGGGGCCUUUUAUCCCUUUGCAAGAGAUCACUCGGCGAAGUCUACUAUUCGUCAAGAACUCUAUCUAUGGGAAUCAGUUGCUGCAACAGCUAGGAAGGUGUUGGGGCUUCGCUACCUGCUUCUUCCCUACUUUUACACAUUAAUGUAUGAAGCAAACCAGAGAGGAUCCCCCAUUGCAAGGCCCCUUUUCUUCUCGUUCCCUCAAGAUAUCAACACUUAUCAAAUCAAUACACAAUUUUUGAUUGGUAAAGGCGUAAUGGUCUCACCGGUGUUGAAGUCGGGAGCAGUUUCAGUCGAUGCCUACUUCCCUGCAGGAAACUGGUUUGACCUCUUUGACUACUCGAAUUCAUUGAGUGUUAAAUCAGGCAAGAAUAUUCGGCUUGACACACCGCUUGAUCAUAUAAACGUGCAUGUUCGGGAAGGCAAUAUUUUGGCCUUGCAAGGGGAGGCAAUGACAACACGAGCAGCUCGGAAGACUGCAUUUCAACUCUUGGUGGUGGUGAGCAAUAGUGGUGAUAGUGUUGGAGAAGUUUUCUUGGAUGAUGGAGAGGAAGUUGAGAUGGGAGGAAAGGGAGGGAGGUGGAGCUUAGUGAGAUUUUCUGGUGGAAAAGAAGGGGGAAAUGUAUCAAUUAGUUCAAAGGUUGUGAAUGGGGAGUUUGCUUUGAGUUAAAAAUGGAUCAUAAAUAAAGUAACUUUUAUAGGGUUGGAGAAGGCUAAGAGAUUUCAGGAAUAUGAAGUAGAAUUUAGAAAGAGAACAAACUUGAAGGGAAAAUCAGUUAUAAAGGCAAGCUUGGACAGCUCUGGGCAGUUUGUUACCGUUGAGGUCUCAAAACUGUGGCUACCUAUUGGACAUGAUUUCAAGUUGGAGUUGAAGCUUCCAAGGCAGUGAUCAGUGAAGUCUAAAAUGCCAGAAAAUUGUUGCAAGCAAUAAAUUGCCUACGAGCAUUUGAAUAUUUUAUUCCAAUAAAAAACUGGCAAUAUGUAUGUUUGUAAACAAGUUCAAAUAUGAAUAACAUUAACAUGUUCUUAAGCCAAAAGAAAGAUAAAGAAGGAGGAAAGCUCAGAUAAAG